AUGUCGCAUUCCAACCGACGCUCAGGACAAUCACGGCGGCAGCAGUCUGUCGACUUCCCCCGCUACCCUCCCCUGUCACAGUUGCAAUCACAGUCACAGCAGUCAAUAUACGCAUCGGCACCGGCACCUGCACCUGCACCCACGUCCGCAGCCGCAGCUGAUGCCACCACGCCCCCAGUUGCACCGGUUCCUUCAGUCGCUCCGCGUGCUGCUCAGAUGCCUGUCGUGGUCUCAGACUAUGAGUCGGACAACCAAGGCUAUCAAUCAGACUAUCCUACCAAGCCACCCCCUCCCGACCGUACCAAUGAGGAGCUGAACCUCGCUGUCCUCAACAGACACAAUCCGCAGAUAAAGUCCAUCCUCUCGAUAGCUCCGUAUGCGGUGGUCUAUGAGUUUUCUCCAUUGCCACAACCCGAAUGGACCAAAACAGGUGUGGAGGGUUCGCUGUUCAUUUGCGAGCUCACGCCCGGACCGUACGGCGAAGACAGGUACUCGACAAUCGUACUGAACCGGCGGGGGUUGGACAACUUCGAGGCCGAGCUGAGAGAAGGUGAAAAUGCCGGGGUUGAGAUAACAGGUGAAUACGUCAUCAUCAGUUUCAAAGAAGGCCAUGAGCAGAAGAUCUACGGUGUCUACAUAUUCCACGAUGGUCCCGGAACCUCGACUGAAAAUGCCAUGCAGUUGAAUGGCGAGCUCAUGAAGUCGCUCGCCGACCAUGCGGGCGCCAGCCGUCAAGCUGCUGAGGCCGCUGCCUCCGCGGCCACCGCUCAGCAUACAAAUGGGCACAUUCAGCAGGCGGGGGAGGCGUUGAACAAUCACCAGGGGAAUGCUCCUGGCGCUGGCCACCAGAUCUCUCUGCAGCAGCGCUUCGGCCAGCAAAGGGCGAAUGACGCCGCUUUUAGCGUGAGAGGGCAUGAAUAUGAUGGUCAAAUUCAACAGCCUCCACAGUCAAUGAUGGACCAGCGACAACCUGAUAUUCUGGGCGACCUCUUUAGGAGAGCGGGUCUUGGGGCUCGAUAG